CUAAUCAUUGUUUUUACAAAAUCGACCUGUAAGAAAUUUUAACCGACAAAACCUAAACCACAAAUCCACCAUCUAUAUCGCUGAUCUGCAACUCUCUUUUGCCGCUUCUCCCGUCUCUCCGGCCGAUGUGCCGAAAGCCUUCGCUACUCUUGGAACAUCGAACCUAUCAAGAUAUCUAUCAUCUUCAUUUCUCAUCACAAGCUACUGAUACACUUUAGUGAAAAUAUAAAUGGAGCUGACCACCAUUAAAGAUGCAUUUGAUCGUGUUGCAAAGAAACAAAAACUGUCAAGCUCUAAAGCUCGAGAAGUGAUCGAUCAGAUUGACCAAGAAAUCCAGAAGACAUUACAAAAGAUCCAAUCAUCUAAUGAUUGCGAGUCUCAGGUUGAUUAUAAGUCUGCCCUUGCUGAACUUAAAGUGAAGCUAAAAGAUAUUGCUCCACUCAGUCAGUUGGAAAGCACGCAGAAGGAACUGAACGGAGCACUUAGCAAGUAUCCAAAGCAUCUUGAGAAAUUCUUCAAUCCUGAUAUAUCCAAGGCUUAUAGAAACAUUGACUUUGAUACACACACAGUUAACGAGAUAAUUGGCAGCCAUUUCUAUCGGCAAGGCCUAUUCGAAAUUGGCGACUGUUUUAGAACUGAGGCUAAGGAACCAGAAUCUGAAGCUGCUGUGAAAUCUCAGUUUCAGGAAAUGUUUCAGAUAGUUGAAGCAAUGAAACAUCGGAACCUAGAGCCAGCACUGAACUGGGCCGUGACUAACUCUGAUAAACUCAAACCAAAUGGAUCGGACCUAUUACUGAAACUUCACAGUCUGCAAUUUGUGGAAAUACUGCAAAAGGGAAACAGAGAUGGAGCUCUCCAGUAUGCCAGAACUUAUCUUGCUCCUUUUGCUUCUGACCAUAUGGCUGAAAUUCAAAAGCUGAUGGUGUGUCUUCUGUGGACCGCAAGGCUUGAUCGCUCCCCAUACUCUCACUUAUUAUCUCCAGCCAAUUGGGACAAAGUGACUGGGGAGUUAACCAGGCAGUUCUGCAAUCUUCUGGGGCAGUCUUACGAGAGCCCAUUGAGUGUAACUAUAGCUGCAGGGAUUCAGGGGUUGCCACCUCUUCUCAAAUUUAUGAACGUAAUGGCAGGAAAGAGACAGGAAUGGCAGUCUAUGAAGCAGUUACCUGUGCCAGUGGAGUUAGACCGUGAGUUUCAAUUCCAUUCUAUAUUUGUGUGUCCAGUGUCUAAGGAACAAUCCACUGAAGAAAAUCCGCCUAUGUUGAUGUCAUGUGGACAUGUGCUUUGCAAGCAGUCUAUUACGAAGAUGUCAAAGAACGGCACAAAAUCGUUCAAGUGUCCAUACUGUCCUUCCGAUGUCAAUUCAGCGCAGUGUAGGCCGCUCAUUUUCUGAUGAAUCUGCAAAUGAACUAGUUGCAACACACUCUCCCAAACUGGAUUAAGCUUGUAGAAAUUAGUCAUGUUGUGUUAUGUAGCUAUAGGAUGUGUGGUUAUGGUGGCAAAGCCAGUUCGUCUGGUGUGUUGCGUUUGUUGUAAAUAGAUAUUCUUUUUACUGGCUAGCAGUACAGGCAGUCCACUUCCCCUGAGAAUAAUUUGAAUGCAUGAUCUGGGCAAACAAGGACAUACUGGCUCAUCCUUCCGAAUGAGUUCUGCUUCUCCUGCUGGGUGAUGUAAAUUGUAAUGGGCUCCUCAGGCUUUGGGCUUAAUUAUCUAUUCUGAUUUUCAGGAUCUCAAAUCAGGUCAGUCUACAAAGCCAUGUUUGAGGCAGUGGUAAGAGUCUUUUUCGUCUAAACAGACCCUAAUGACCUGCCUUCAGAAGAAUGAGGAGCCUCCCCGGAUAAGUUCUCACUUUUUAGUAUCUGUAUCUUUCUCACCAACACAAGACAUUAUAAUAUUUGUACUUUUAGUAAUUUAAUUAAGUUGUUUCCUUAACUUCUUGGCCUA